UUUUGAUUGAUUUGUAUUUUUUAUCUAUGGUUUUGAUGACUUCGCUUCGUUGAGAGAGAAUCGUUAGCGGCGCAAAUAGAGGAUUAUUUUAAUUAUAAAUUACAAUUACUUCAAGAAAUUAACCGUCUAAUCCAUCUCAGUAAAGAGAUGGAUUCAGAAGAUUCACGAGAUCAGACUUCAUCAAGUAGUAGCAGUACUAGCUCAAGAAGUCGAAGGAGCUCAUCUUCAGAUAGAAGCGAACAUUCCAAAAAGGGGGCAAAGUCCCCUCCACAAUCUCCAAGAUCCCCUAGGUCUCAUGGUCCACGUUCACCCUCUCCAGAGAGUCGCUCUCAGUCUCCAUCUCCCCAGUCUCCCACACAGGGAGAAAGACCUCAAUCACCAGAUAACCUGAGUGGAGCACAUUCAGAUAUAAAUUCCCCGGAAAAUUCAAUACCUGCAUCACCAGGUGGUCCUAAGUCCCCAAGUGAUGCAGGAUCAAAUGUAGGAUCACCAGGACAUGGUGAUCAGUACUCUUCAGCUCCCCCCUCAGCUGGAGAGGGCCCAAAGACACCACAGAGUCCUAGCAGCCCAGCUAGAUCUACGCAAGGUUCACCAAACAAUAGAUCUAGACCUGCUACUCCGGACUCUCCAAGGGAAUCCAACAGGAGGUCACCUUCAUCAAGCCCUUCACCUGAUAGAAAGUCUUAUAGAUCAUCACCACAAACAUCACCUACUGCUAAGCGUAAUGACUGGAGUCCUAAAGAAAGGAAUGAGAAGUGGAGAAGACAUACUAAAGCAGAACAAAAGAUGGUGCCUGUUCCCCGUGAACGCAGUAGAUCAGAUUCUAGUCGGUCAAGUAGAAGCUCUUCAUAUAAUAAAAGAAGUAAUAAAGAUCCUGCUACCGAAGAAAUUUCAGAAGGUGAAAUGGAAUCAGACCAAGAUGACAGAAAAUCUAGAAGUAAAUCUAGGACUAGCGAUAAACCUGACGGAAAAGACCUUAAUAUAAGUCAUGAGGAUUUGUCAGAUGUAUCUGACUUGGAAUCCAUGGAACCAGAGGAGACAGAGAAAAGCUCAAAGCCCAAGUCUCCUCCAGCAUCACCUGAACAUAUAGCAGAAAAUGUCAACGGCGCAAGCAAUCAGUCAUCACCACGUUCAGAAAGUGGAAAGGCUGAAACACCUAAAUUAGAAAAAGUACCUCAAGAAAAGACAAGUAACACAGAGGAUGGCGAGGAACAAUUAGAUUUUGAGGCGGAAGAAGGAGAGUGUAUAGAACCAAAGCCUGUUGAACAACAGGCUACAAAUGGCGAUGCAGAAGAAAAGGGAGUAGAAAAAGAGGAAGUAAAGCCAGCGGUACGAUCUCGCGGUUCCUCGCUGGAGGAAGGCGAGGUGUCGGAUGAAGCAGAGAGACGGCCAGAAGAAAGUGAACCGCGGCCCGUCUGUCGGUUCUUCUCUAGAGGAGCUUGUACUUGGGGUGUUAGCUGCAGGUUUCUUCAUCCUGGUGUGACGGACAAGGGAAACUACAACAUGUUUGACGUGGUAAGAGGCGUGCCCCCGGGUGGGACGUACCCGGCCGCACCCGCGAGGGACGUCGCUCCGCCUGAGUCAGCAUGGGAAAGGGGACUGCGCACUGCUAAGGAGAUGCUUCGCAUAGCCAAUAAGCGUAAGGAACAAGACAUGGACUUUGAAGAGAAGAAACUACACCUAUCUGUGGGUGGGGUUGUGCACGACCCGGACGCUGAACUCGCUUACGCUGCGGCAGCAGUGGGUGCUUCACCGCCACGGCACCACGAGGGAGCUGCGCCCCCGCAUUAUAGGGACCCAGAAGCAUUCAGAGGAGGGCCAUACGGACCAAUGUACCGUGGUCGGUUCCCGCGACCGCAAAUGGACGAGCGGGAACGUUUCUACGAACGCGAACAUAUGUAUGAGCGGGAACGUGGCGGGUACGACAGAGUCCCACAUUAUGAUGAACGACUCGCCAUGACAGAAGAAGGACCUUACCAUAAGCGUCGGGUACGACCAUCUAGAGAAGUAAUAGUCCAACGCGCAGAAGUUGAACGCCGUGAAGGCCGUGACAUGAGAGAUGGACGAGAUGGACGGGACGUGCGCCGCGGGGAAGGACGUAAUGAAGACUGGGCCGAUCCAUGGAUGCGCGCUGAACCAGCCGCCAGAAGACGGAAACCACCGUCCUCUGACGAUUCAUACUCGUCAUCCAGCUCUUCAAAUUCCAGCUCCCGAAGUUCGAGGUCUCCUAGUGCGCGCCGCAAGAGAAGGGCAUCUUCUUCUUCGAGGCAAAGGUUGUCUCCAUCAGUAAUAGUCCGCGAGCGUCGCCUGGCGACGGCGCGCGCUACAGCAAUGAACCCGCCCGCGCCGCGGCGACGCGCGCCCUCCCCGGCCGCCGCGCGACAGCUCUCCGCCAACCCGCCGCCCCCCGCAUCGCAUGCUCUACAUCGACAUAAGGAUGAAAUGGAUCCCUAUGGACGCAACAAAAUAUCAAGUCGCAACAGGGAUAGGAAGAAAUAUUCCCGAUCUUCGUCUUCAGGCUCAGAAUCAUCGUCGUCAUCAAGCGAGUCGGAGAGCGAAUCACAUUCUUCAUCAUCAUCGGGCAGUUCCGGGGCUCGGCGUGCACGUCACGCUCGUCUGCUCAAUGCAGCUGCCAGACCCAGGUUAAAUGCAAAGACGGGAGCUGGAUUGGCAGCGGCUGUGACGACUGUUACCAGCAAGAAGGAAGUUCCAAGUGAUAAAGAAUCCGGCGGCGGCAAAAAACGUGCGGCGACAUCUCCAGUAAAUUCGGGACCUGCGAAGAAAUCUGUAUCGAGACGAGAGGAGCUGUUAAAACAAUUGAAGGCGGUCGAGGACGCUAUUGCUAGGAAGCGGUCUAAGAUCUAGGGUUGGCGGUACAGUGGGCCUGUGUACAGCUCAUGAUGUUGCCCGUCUCGGCUAAAGCCGAACAUUCAGUUUUGCCUGGAGUCUGUCUGUAGUAGCAUACAUUGUAUACUGUAUCCGCGGGGCUAUCCCAAUAAAUUCGAUGUACGCAUUUUAAUGUAAAACCAUAGUUAUAGGAAAACCUUUACUCUGGACAGAGUUGACCUCGUACAAAUUUAAGCAUUUACAUUGUAAUGUACUAGUAUCAUGCUAAUAUAUUAAAGAAAUCUCAUAAAUAAACAAUCUUGAGAAUAUUUAUAAUAUGUUACAACUGACUUAUUCCUAAAUCAUUGUUGUGCUGAAAGAGAAUGCGGGUGUAUCGUAUCAAUAUAAUAUUGUUGACAGAGUUUGAAAGUAAAUUAUUUUUGCUAUUCAUCCUAAACCGAAGGUGAAACCUAGAAAUGUAGGUUUUUAUGGUGAUUAGAAUAUGUAAUAACAUAAUUAGUGAAAAAAAUAAAUGCAU